GUAACUUGAUCAUGGUUUCUGAGGAAGAUAGUCAAAAUCCACAGAUUGACACAGGGUGUUUUGUGAAAUGCGAAUUGCUUGCCCAAGUAUUUUAUGGAACUUUCAUCAUGGUUAUUCAAAAGCUAAGUGAAGGAUUUGGUAAUAUGAACGAAAAGUAUGGAAAUCUGAAUGUUGUGAAGAUAGCAGGUGGAUCUAUAGUGGAACACCCUGCUAUAUUUUCCAGCAAUGGAAAAAAUCUGUUUGUUGUACACGGAAAUUGUAUCCGUUCGUAUAACGUUGAGACCGGUGAACUGGUGACUGUGUACAAUGGUUUAUCAAAAGAUGCAGCCGGGGUAGCGUUACACCCCACACAUCCUGAUAAACUUGUGGCUGUGUCUUGUGUUGGGGAGUUUAUUGAGUGGGAAUGUUCAUCUAGAGGAUCUUGUGUUAGAAAGAGUCAAUUGGGUGAAAUUACUGGGAAAUUUGUUGUACAAAGUUUCUCCCUUGUGCAACAACAAGACGAGGAGACUCCAUGUGUCGUGUGUGUUGCUGCAGUUUCAGGGCAGAAUCAAGCAUGUGUCAAGACAUUUUGUUCAGUUUCAGGCAAAGAGAGAAAUCUCUUUGGAAAAAUAAGAGUUGACAACCACAAUAGGAGUUUAGCAGUAAGACAGACUGAUGGAGAGAUAUUGCUGGCUGGAUAUUGCAAUAAGCCCAAAACAACUUUAACAUUUUGUGUUUCAUACAAUGGGUCUGAAACUAAAGAAACGCAAGUGUUUUCUCAGAAUAAGAUGACAUGUGUUGCAUGUCAUCCAACUGAACUAUGUGUUAUUACAGGAGAUAUUAUUGGUUGUGUAAGAGUUUGGAAGAAUUUGCUGAGAAAACCAGUAUAUUCUUCAUAUCAUUGGCACACAUUACCUGUUCAAAGCGUUGUAUUUUCUGAUUCAGGAAUUCAGUUGGUCAAUUCAUCCUUACAAUGUAUAAACUCUAUACAGUGUUUUUGCUGGUCAUCACUUCCUUCUGAUGGGAAGUAUUUGUUACCAGUAGAAAUGACCACUGACCCUCGUACAAAAGCUUUGGUAACAAAUGGUCGUGUUGGGCACUUGCAGUUUUUUUCAGUGGAUCAAAGAAAUUUGUUGUUUUUGCUUGAUGUUGUUGGCCGCAAUUAUCUGACUCAAGAACGCUCCAAAAAAAUUCAAAACACUGAUGUAGUGAAAUUUGCUUUCAACUCAGAUGGUAGUUGGUUAGCUUCUGUUGAAUUUUGUGAAGGCGAAGAGAAAGUUCCCCAAGAGUUGAGGCUUAAGUUUUGGGAGUAUAACAAAGUCAGUCAGAAAUAUGUCCUGAAUACUUGUGUUGAAAAUCCACAUAGAGGUGCUGUAAAAGCUAUACAAUUUCGCCCUUCUGCUAAUAAUGAAAAUUUAAUGUGUGUGACAGCUGGUGAAGAUUUUAAAUUUCGGACAUGGUCUCUUCAAGAAAGCACCAGCAUCUACAGAAAAGGUCUUGUGUGGAAUAGUGAAAAUGUUGGAUUUUACCGUAAUAUACCAAUAGGAGAUCUUAGCUUUUCAUCUGAUGGUUCACUGAUGGCAAUAGCCUUUGGUCCAACAUUGACUGUGUGGGUUCCUGGUUCAAACCAGUUAAAAUGCAGUCUUACUCGACCAGAUGCAGAAGAACAUCUUAGUCAUGUAGAAUUUGGACGAAGGAGCUGUGUUCAUCUAGUCGUUACAGGCAGUAAACUUGGAAUAGCUGUGUGGAAUCUUCUCUCCGUUUCCCUCUUGUGGGUAGUACAUUUUAAUCUUUCUGUCCUGGUAUCAGAUCCAAUAUCUGAAGUAGUGGCUGCAUUCAGUGAUGAAAAUGACUUUGUGAUAUUUUCUCCCAACUGUCCGGAUCCUAUCUUCAAGCAGAAUGGUCUGAUAUCUUGUGAAGAUAGUCAGAUUGUUAAUGGUGUGUUUGUACCUCAUGCCCGUCAGAGAAAUUCAAAUAUAUCGUGGCAAUCUACAUCUCAACUUCACUUUUUUAAUUCAAAGCAGGAAUUAUUCACUUUGGAGCAUUCUACUUCGAAUGUGGAUACAGAAGAAAACAGGAAUCUUGAUGUUCUCCCAACAGAAUCACUGAAGCCAAAGACACCAUAUGCUGCUUUACUGGCACAGCAGAGUCAAUCUGAUGUCAUUGACACAAAGAUAGAGCAACAUAAGCAUCUUGGUAUUCCAGGCUUUGAAACACUGCAAGAGUUACUUAAGUCUCCGGCACACUCCAUGCCUCCUUUGUCGCUGGUGAGCCAUUCAUUGCUGUUGUCCUUCAUCACUGGCACAAAUAAAAGGAGAGAUGACCCAAAUUCUCAUCGAGAAUUAUCAGAUGAAGAUGACGAAGAGAUGGACUACAAUGAUGAUUCUGAUAAAGAAGAAAAGGAAGACCAGACUUCAGAAAGAAGAUUAGAAAAUAUAAAGCGAGAAUUAAUGAGCAAACAUGAGUCCACGGUCACGACAUCCAUGGCCGCUGAUACUGAACAACAUCUACUCAAAAUUCAAAAGAAACCAUUAGAUUGGGUGUCAGAAUUGUUGACGUGAGGUUAUUAAUGUUUUGUUAAAUUUCCCUUGCUAAAAACAGUGCUGAUGACAUGUGUUAUGUGUU